CAAAUGCUUCAUGUUAAGCAUUUGCAACCUAGCAAUGGAGGGGAUUAGGAAGAGUAGGAUUCUUAUAUUUGGAGGAACUGGUUACAUAGGGAAGUAUAUGGUGAAGGCAAGCGUCACGUUAGGCCAUCCAACUUUUGUCUACACUCGCCCUCUUGAUGCACAAACUCCUUCCUCUAAGGCACAGCUUUGCAAGGAGUUCAACUCUAUGGGGGUCACACUUGUCCAUGGAGAACUUGAGCAUGACCAGAUUCUGGCAGUGAUUAAACAAGUAGACAUUGUGAUAUGUUCUCUUCCAUACCCUCAAGUGAUGGAGCAACUCAAAAUUAUAGAUGCUAUCAAAGUUGCUGGUAAUAUAAAGAGAUUCCUUCCAUCAGAUUUUGGGGUGGAAGAAGAUAGAGUAAACCCUCUUCCUCCGUUCCAAGCUUUCCUCGAUAAGAAAAGAAAAAUUAGAAGGGAAAUUGAAGCAGCUGGGAUCCCUUAUACCUUUGUCUCUGCAAACUGUUUUGGUGCUUACUUUGUCAAUUAUUUGCUUCGUCCUUACGAAAUUACUGUCUAUGGCAACGGUGAUACAAAAGCUGUGCUAAACUAUGAAGAAGAUAUCGCCAUGUACACUAUUAAAGUAGCGAAUGAUCCAAGAACAUACAAUCGUGUUGUUAUCUACCGACCCUCGAAGAAUAUCAUAUCACAAAAUGAGUUGAUAGCAUUGUGGGAGCAAAAAAGUGGUCAAAAUUUUCGCAAGGAUUUUGUUGCUGAGGAAGAGAUUGUCAACCUAUCACAGACCUUACCCCCUCCACACAAUAUUCCCGUUUCUAUCCUUCAUAGUGUAUUUGUUAGAGGGGACCUCGUGAGGUUCGAGAUAGGAGAAGAUGACCUUGAAGCUUCACAGCUAUAUCCUGAUUAUAACUACACAUCCAUUGAUGAACUUCUUGAUAUAUUUCUUGUUGAUCCUCCAGCCCCUGCCUCUGCUGCUUUUGAGUGAAGACAUUUUACCCUGCACUUGUUGGUUAUAAAUUGUAAUAAAGUAGGUGAUCCUCCCGAUUACCGUUGAAUAACAUGAAAAGGCAUAAAUGUUUGGGAUACAUGAUUAAUAGACUUAAAUAUGAUUUUAUCCCUAAUAAAUAUUUGAUUUUAUA